CAACCAUUCACAGGUCCCUCGUAGUUUACUUCUGUUUUGGGAUGCUACAGACGAGGGCGCAGCCGCAACACGGGUCUUCACGUGCUCGCGUUUUAACUUGGGUGAAUUACGUGACGGGAGAGGCACAGCGCACUUGCAUUCAUGCUGUACGUAUCCUGUAUAGUUGUGGAGCUCAGCUACUCUGGAACCUGUCUGAGGCUGAGAUGAGGAGAUUGAGAGUGUGUCUGCGGUCCGUGCCGGCGGGCCGUGUGGAGGUGUUCGUUAUGCUUGAGAAAACCGUUAAUGAAGUGGAACAGAGUGCCCGAGGCUGCGAGUCGUAGAUAUGUGUGAUUUUGGCUCUGGGAAACUCCUGCGUGGUUUCCCACCCUAAGUGUACCUGGCCUUAGGGUGGGGAUCCGAUGCGAACUAGUAGAGAAAACCUCCUGCGCGGCGAGCGAAGCCCUCUGGCUGAGCACGCGUCAAGGUCUUCUCGGAGACUAGA